AGUGUCUAUACAGUUGUAUAUUUCUCCUUGUAAACCUUAUAGCAAACCCUGUUUUGUAUACAUUCCUUCAUGACUCAACCGCUGUACAGUUGUACUUUGACACGUCCCGCGUCUGUUUCCGGGUGAGGAGGACAGGAAAGAGACUGCCCUGACCUGCCAACACCGUGAUCGACAUGGCAGCUAAUGGAGCUCGCUGUGAACAGCCGCAGAAACGUGCAGCAGCUAAAGACAAACAGAAUGGCAAGUCCGCAGACUCGUCAAUAAGGAACAGGAGACAGAGGGAUAAAGAGGAGCGUCUGUCUCUGGUGUUAUGGAGGAGGCCUGUCACCUCGCUACAUUACUUCCUCCUGGAGACCCUCGUCAAGCUAAAGGAGUGGACGCUUCAGCUUUGGCAUCGACGAGGCACAGUGUUGUUUUUUCUGGUCUUAUGUUCUCUUUUCUCCAUUUUGUACUCCACUGAGGGAGAACACCAACAAUAUGUUCAGUACAUGGAGAAGAGGUUUCUAUGGUGUGCCUACUGGGUAGGUCUUGGGAUCCUGUCCUCGGUUGGCCUUGGGACUGGCCUGCACACCUUCCUUCUCUAUCUGGGUCCUCACAUAGCAUCAGUAACCCUGGCUGCAUACGAGUGCGGCUCCAUAGACUUCCCAGAGCCUCCAUACCCAGACCAGAUUGUCUGUCCCCAAGGUGGAGUGGUGGACAGCAGCGUAACUCUCUUCUCAAUCAUGUCAAAGGUCCGCCUGGAGGCCUGCAUGUGGGGUGCAGGUACUGCCAUCGGAGAGCUGCCUCCAUAUUUCAUGGCCCGAGCGGCUCGUCAGUCGGGAGCUGAUCCAGAUGAUGAAGACUACGAGGAGUUUGAGGAGAUGCUUGAGCAGGCUCAGGGCGCUCAGGAUUUUGUCACAAGAGCAAAACUGGGGGUCCAGCACAUGGUGCAGAAAGUGGGAUUCUUUGGCAUCUUGGCUUGUGCCUCAAUCCCUAAUCCUCUGUUCGACCUGGCUGGAAUAACCUGCGGCCAUUUCCUGGUUCCUUUCUGGACCUUCUUUGGAGCAACUCUAAUCGGGAAAGCCAUCAUCAAGAUGCAUAUACAGAAACUAUUUGUCAUCAUCACCUUCAGCAAGCACAUAGUGGAGCAAAUGGUGUCCCUGAUUGGGUCUGUGCCUAAAGUGGGACCAGCUAUCCAGAAGCCCUUCAGCCAGUACCUGGAGGCCCAGAGGACCAAGCUGCACCAUGAUGGAGGAAGUGCACCAGCGGAUGAGAACUGGUUGUCGUGGGUGUUUGAGAAAGUGGUGCUGGUCAUGGUCUGCUACUUUGUCAUCUCCAUCGUCAACUCCAUGGCUCAGAGCUACGCCAAGAGGCUGCAGACGCGGAGGAACUCGGAGGAGAAAACCAAGUGAUGACGGGGACAAAAGCAGUUCAGACAUCCCAGUGACUGUGUUUCUGCUGCUGAGAGCCCUGCGCUCAGACCCAGCCACUCACAAUUUAACAACAAACCUCACCCUCAUCCAUUCUCAAAGAGGCUGAAUGCUCGAGAGAGGAAAAAAGAAAGAAAGAAUGAAAUCCAGGCUCUGUUGGUUUUGGUGUGUUUGAGGAUGUAUGCUACUGUUAACUGUUUGUCCCUCCUUCAGGUUUUGUAGUUCUUCCCUUCAUCUCACUGUCUGUGUAGUGCGAUCGGUUCUGCUGUUGAUCUUAACAUGUUACUUUAACAUUAAAUUAACCCUUUCAUUGACCUCAGAAGUGAAGCAGCGGUUUGGUGGUGGCUGCUGUGUUCGGGCGGUGCCCAUCAGAUGCUAUGCCUUAUGCAAGACGGGGGGGGGUUUGGCUUCCCUCGAACAUAGUUCUUGACUUAUAGACUUGAUUGUUAUUUAAUUUUGUAACAUGUAUGUAUGGAUGUAUCUCGAUUCAUUUGUACAGUGCUGCCAAGAUAACUGCGAUGGAUGGUCUCUUGUUUUUUGUUUCAGGGUUUAAUUUUCCUUAUGUUUUUUGUCCUGUUCGACAGUAAGAACAACUCUUGUCGUCUUUUGUUUCUGGAGUUGUCAUUUUAAAAUGAAAAAAAAAAGCAAUAUCAAGAUAAAAAAAACAGAUGGGUUCUGAUGGAUGCACACAGUGUAAAUAUCUUACUAUCUUUUGGACCAUAUGCGCAGAUGUCUUUCUAUUCCAACGGUCUGUGUGGACGUGAAUCAACUUGAACCAAAAAAGGUGAUAUCAUUUGUAAAGUGACAUUGUGCUCUCGGCUAACUAGUCCCAUUUCUACUCUGUACAUUUAGGUUGGAUCAGAUCAUAUAUAUAAAAACAUGUAAGUCAUGGCACUUGUUUCCAA